AUGCGUAUUUUAGACAAGCUUGCAGUGCUUGCAGUAAGCUCUCUAUCUCUUUUUCUGCAGAUAGCAAGUGCUCAAACUAUCACUAGCGACACUGUUACUGUUGGUACUGUUGUUUUACUUGGCGAUGUCGAUAUAAAUGCUGGUGUUUACUGGUCUAUUGUAAAUUCAUUUACUGACACCUUUCUCGGAAGUAUAUAUAACGACGGUGAGCUUUAUAUUACACUUACAAAUUCAUUGUUUUCUUUAGACAUUACGUGUACUGGUCUUUUGAAUACAAUCUCAAAUACUGGAACCAUAGUAUUCAAUUCAGAAAAUGGAUUAACUGGACCCACAUUCAACCUCAUAUCCACAACUUUUAUCAAUAGUGGGUUAAUUUACUAUAAUACCCUAGGUUCUACACUUGGUGCAAAUUAUGAGAUUGUUGCCGCUUCUUGGACAAACUCUGCUGGCGGUGUGCUUGUAUUCCUGCUGGAUUCACAAUCUAGUAGUUAUCUUAAUUUGGGUACUGCUCUAGGAAGUAUAACUAACAACGGUCAAAUUUGUUUAAUUGAGCAAGUUUGGCAGCAAACUACCGCAAUUACUGGAAGUGGAUGUAUUAACGUGGGGGUAAACGCAAAUCUUUGGAUAUCAAAUUCUCUUCUUUCAGUUAGUACAGCGCAAACAAUUUAUCUUUCAAGUAGUACUUCUGCAAUAAGAGUUGCUGGACUUUCAUUAUCUCAAACAUUCACAGUUGCUGGUUUCGGAGGAGGAAAUGUGAUUGGUAUCGAUUUAAUUAUCUCCUCUAUUACUUACACCUCUGCCACAGGUAUACUUAUCAUUUACUAUAAUCUUGGGCUCUCCAAUCAAAAAUUUAAAAUUGGUUCGGGAUAUGACUCCACCAAAUUUUCCAUUAUUAGUUACAACUUUGGUGGAUUGUUGGGAAUAGUUGUCCAGGGAGCUGUCACUUAUACUGGUACAGUGCCUUCCGGUAGUACUUCGAACUCCGUUUGCAUAGCUUGUCCUUCAAUUCCUGUAUAUCCUACUGCAGCUGUCAGCUCAGUAAUACUGUCCUCAACAGCGACUAGUUCGACUUUGUCUUCAUCAACAACAAUAUCUACUGUGACUUUAUCAAGUAGUGCUUACUCAACUAUAAGUUCUUCAUUGUCCACAUCGAGUACUUACUCAUCAACUGGCGCUUCAUCGACCGGUGGAUCAUCCACUGGUGGUUCUUUAACCGGUGGUUCUUCAACUGGUGCAUCUUCAACUGAGACUGGUGGAUCAUCAACUGGAGGUUCUUCAACUGGUGGUUCAUCAACCGAGACUGGUGGAUCGUCAACAGGUGGAUCAUCAACUGGUGGAUCUUCAACUGAAACCGGUGGGUCAUCAACAGGUGCUUCUUCAACCGGCGGCUCUUCAAGUGGUGGUUCUUCAAGUGGUGGCUCUUCAACUGGUGGAUCAUCAACUGAGACAGGUGGAUCAUCCACUGGUGGGUCAUCCACUGGCGGUUCUUCAACUGGUGGAUCUUCAACUGAAACCGGUGGAUCAUCAACAGGUGCUUCUUCAACCGAGACUGGUGGAUCAUCAACCGGUGCUUCUUCAACUGGUGGAUCUUCAACUGAAACCGGUGGAUCAUCAACCGGUGGAUCUUCAACUGAAACCGGUGGAUCAUCAACAGGUGGAUCUUCAACUGAAACCGGUGGAUCAUCAACCGGUGCUUCUUCAACUGGUGGAUCUUCAACUGAAACCGGUGGGUCAUCAACAGGUGGUUCUUCAACCGAGACUAGUGGAUCAUCAACAGGUGCUUCUUCAACUGGUGCAUCUUCAACUGAAACCGGUGGGUCAUCAACAGGUGGUUCUUCAACCGAGACUAGUGGAUCAUCAACAGGUGCUUC